CUUUUCCGGUCCAAUAAAAUCUGUUGUGUAACGGAAUGCCACACUACUGGUUAUGAUGAAAUUCCUGGUCAUGGAAAACCUAGUUACCACAGUUUUCCUGCAGCCACCAAUCCACUGCGAUCUGUUUGGCUAAAUAAAAUAAAGAGGGAUGAAGGGCCACACUUCAAGGUCGGCAAGUACACAUUUGUAUGUUCCUUGCACUUUGAGAAGGAUGCCUUGGAAAAAUCUGGAUUUUCUAAUCGCAGGUAUUUAAAACAAGGAGCAGUGCCUACUGUAUUUGAGUGUUGGAAAGACAAAGUGCAUUUUUACAAGCCACUUUCAAGCAGAAAAAUGAAUGUUCUUCAGCAGAAACAUGAUGAAAAUAACCUAAAAACUGACUGUCAUUACCCUGCUGUAGCGUCUGAUAACGUUGACCAUCCACCUACAAUUGAAGAUCAAAUAACCAACACUCCUGACCCAAUAUCAAAUGUGUGUACCAAUGAAACUCAGGCUGAAGAUGAGGUUAUUAACAAGAAAAUUUUUGUGGAUCAUGUUAAUUACUUACAAGAAAAGACUAAAUAUGUAGCUAAAGAAAAUAAGAAAUUAAAAUCUGACAUUGCACAACUUCAGACAGAAAAAGAGUCAAACACCUUCAGCAUAAAUAAUUUGAAACCAAGUGAGGUGCAAUUUUAUACAGGGUUUUCUUCUAGAGAAGUAUUUGAUACUGUUUUGGAACUAGUCAACCCUGGAGAGAAAGGUAAAAAUAUUGUUAUGUGUGCAAAGAAAGACACAGAAAAUGAAGAAAACCAAGUAAAAAAUAGCAAGAAACUGACACCAGCUAAUCAGUUUUUGUUAUUUUUGUGCCGUGUGAGGGUCGGACUCUUUGAAUUUGAUAUAGCAAAAAGGUUCAAUGUCUCAUUAGGCGCUGUGAGUGUGAUUAUCAUAUCUUGGGCAUAUUUUCUUUAUUUACGCCUAGGUUCAAUGAAUAUUUGGCCAUCAAGGGAGCAGGUUACUGUUACUUUUAAAGAAAAAUACCCAACAACUAGAGUCAUAAUUGACUGUACAGAAUUGAAAACUGAAAUGUCUUCAUCUCCUCUUUUGAAAAGUCAAAGUUACAGCAAUUAUAAGAGUUCAAAUACAUUUAAAGGUUUAAUAAGAAUAGCCCCUUGUGGAAGUAUAACCUUUGUUAGUCAGUUGUACUUCGGAAAUAUUUCUGACCGUGACAUUACUGAACGCAGUGGCUUUUUAGGUUUGAACUUUAAUAAUGGAGAUAGUGUAAUGGCAGACAUGGGAUUUGACAUUCAAGACCUGUUAGAUCAAAUAUGAGUGAAAUUAAACAUUCCUCCAUUCCUAGGACAGUAUGAUCAAUUGACUGAAAGUGAUGUGAGACAAACUCAAAGCAUUGCUGCAAAGAGAAUUCAUGUUGAAAGAGCAAUCAAUAAGAUUAAGAACUUCCACAUAUUUGAUCAAGCUAUUCCUAUGUCACUUUUUGGUUCCAUCAAUCAGAUUUGGACUGUUUGUGCAUUGCUGACAUUAUUAUAUCAUGCCCUGGUAAUUAAAUGCAUUUUGAGUGAUUCUUACCCAUACACUUAACAUCUGGAUACCUUUUGUUUCACUAGCCAAAAAAAUGUAAAUGUCAUGGAGUGAUAUUUUACCCCCCCCCCCCCCAAAGAAAACAAGAUAGAAAUCAAAGUUGAAUGUGGCCAAGUUGUGUACAAAGUUAUGUCAUAUUGUUAGCAUAAUGUAAGGGUAAACAUUUAUAUUGAUGCCAUUUCGUGUUUAUGAUAUUUUGUAUAAACAUUUCAUAUGUUGAUUUUUGGGACUAUAUUUUUAUAACUACUUAAUUUAAUGUAUUAUUUGGAGAGCUUAUGAAAUUGAAGUAAAUAAAUGUAAGAAAUAAAUCUGACAGUUAAGUUUCUUGUAUUAUCCCGGAGAAAGAAAAACAUGUAAAUGUACACGAGACAUUCACAUACAGGUACAUACAUGUAAUUGCAGAAGUCAAAAAUUUUACCAACAGCUAAUUUAACAGACUAACUGCCUUCAUCACACUGCCCCAUAAUUUCUGUAAUGCCUCCAUUAUCUUGCAGUUUAAUUACACAUUCAUGGAAUUUGUGUGGUAAUUAUUGACCUCUUUUAUGGUUACACAAAAUAGUCGAAACAGGUACUAGAGACAGGGUCGCUCAGCAGAGAGUCACACUGCAGAGAUUGCAAUGCAAGAAGAAUUUGUACCAUUUUUCACUCUUCAAGGAGUAAUGA